UCUCUUGAGACGGCGUCUCGCUCUGUCGCCCAGGCUGGAGUGCGAUGGUGUGAUCUCGGCUCACUGCAACCGCCACCUCCUGGGUUCAAGCGAUUCUCCUGCCUCAGCCUCCCGAGUAGCUGGGACUACAGGUGCCCGCCACCACGCCCAGCUAAUUUUAUACUUUUAAUAGAGACGGGGUUUCACCGUGUCGGCCCGGAUGGUCUCGAUCUCUUGACCUCGUGACCCGCCCGCCUCGGCCUCCCAAAGUGCUGGGAUGACAGGCGUGAGCCACUGAGCCCGGCCUUCUCUUG